GGUUAGCUACUCUGCAGUGUGGAAUGCUAUCAAACAGUAAUGGCCACAGGAUCUCAUUAAAACAGGACAUAUGAAUGUCAUUUAUUUCAAAGCAGAUAUAUAUACGCAUAGGCUACAACUGUUUCAGUGACAAAGAGAUGGAAAAUGGAGAAGCACUAUUGGAAAUAUGACCUGGCUGAGCAACACCCAGUCCAACCUGCAGGGGCAGGCACAUUUCUGAAAUUGGAAAGAAAAAAAAGAAAAAAAUACAGCAGUGUCACAUGACAUGGAAUAUGGCUGCCUUCUUCCUCGGCAGAGCAUUUUACAUCUAGAAUCUUACUCGUUUUAUGAUUUCAUUAGAAAUAUGAAGAAUUGUUAUCACGUGGGUACAUUUAUCGGUCUUUGUGUGUGCCCGCUAAUUAAUCUGCCAUUUUGCGAAGAGAACCGUACUUCAUCGUUUAGUUCAGCUAUAGCCACCUCAGGUAGUUAGAGCUACCAAUUCCAAAACAACUCGCCAUUUGUUAAGAUAUAACGAUGGCAUCGUCUUUUGUGAUUGGUGCCAAAUUUCGCGAGAGAUUGAACGAUUUUCUUGGACAGUCUAACCUAACUGUUCCUCCCGAACUUCGCGAGGAACUUCGGAACAUUGUCGAAAAGGAGGAACCAUCUACCCUGACCUUCCGAACAGCAAGAACAAUUCACAAGUGUCUUCAAGAGAACGGUCAUCCAGUUUUCCUUCAUGAUCUCUUGGAGGACAGUAUCUUGUUCCUGCCACAGGUGGAGAUGCCACCCAGGAACCCUGAGCUGGUGGCUCGUCUGGAGAAGAUCAAAGCCAAGCUGGCUAAUGAGGAGUACAAUAGGAUCACACGAAACGUCAAUGCACAGGAAAUCAAUCGCCAUGGCACUUUAGCAGACUUUGGAAGGGAAGUGCGGUCCGUCAAGGCAGUUGUUGUAACAGUCUUCAACUUCCUGGUGACAGUAGCAGCUACGUUUGGCUGUUCCUACAUGGGCAGCCAGUACCUGUUUACAGAGACAGCAGCAAGGGUGAUAGCUGCUGUGAUCGCUGCCUCUGUGGUGGGCCUAGCAGAACUCUAUGUUCUAGUGAGGACAAUGGAGGGGGAGCUUGGAGAGCCCUAGGAUCUGUGGAAGGAGAAGGAGAAACCCUGUCAACCAUUGGAGUAUGGAAGCCUUCAAACCAUGGUUCAGAUUAACAUUCCAGCUGUUUAGGCUGAUAAAUGGACUAAACUAUAAAUAUUACACUUAAAUGGUCAGAUUCAAUCAAUUGUACACUGUACCCAACUACUGUUUUUAAAAUAAUUUGUUGCGUUUGUCAUAUUUAUUUGCCCUAAUUUGUUUUUGUGGUCUAAAAAUCCUGUUCUGUCUCACAAUGUGGGGUGAAAGUUAACGGUUCCAUGAGUUAAUAAAGUGUUCAGUUGCCCCUGC